AUGUCAGUGACAUCUACGGUGGAGGAGAGCCACCGGAAGGAUCCUUCGUCGCCGGAGAAAGCGGCGGAGAAGAGGAAACGUAAAUGGGUGUUUUGGGAAAGGAAGUGGAGGAGAUUAGAUUAUUUCAAACUAACAGCUUCAUUGUUUGUGCAUUCAAUGGCUCUCUUGGCUCCGUUUUAUUUCAGUUGGUCAGCUCUUUGGGUUACGUUUCUGUUUUAUACCAUUGGUGGUCUCGGUAUUACGGUGUCGUAUCACCGGAACUUGGCUCACCGGAGUUUCAAAGUCCCUAAAUGGCUUGAGUAUCUCUUGGCCUAUUGUGCCCUUCUCGCUAUUCAGGGAGAUCCGAUUGAUUGGGUGAGUACUCAUCGAUAUCAUCAUCAGUUUACGGAUUCAGAACGAGAUCCACAUAGUCCCAAGGAAGGCUUUUGGUUUAGUCAUCUUCUAUGGAUUUAUGAUUCUGCUUAUCUUGUUACAAAGUGUGGAAGAAGAACAAACGUUGAUGAUUUGAAGAGGCAAUGGUUCUAUAGGUUUCUUCAGAAGACUGUGCUGUUUCACAUUCUAGGACUUGGUGUCAUUCUGUUCUAUCUUGGUGGCAUGUCCUUCGUUACAUGGGGAAUGGGGGUAGGAGCAGCACUGGAGGUGCACGUGACAUGCCUCAUAAACUCGCUAUGCCAUAUUUGGGGCACUCGAACUUGGAAGACCAAUGAUACUUCUCGCAAUGUUUGGUGGUUAUCGGUGUUCUCAUUUGGAGAAAGUUGGCAUAACAAUCAUCAUGCGUUCGAGUCCUCAGCGAGACAAGGGCUUGAAUGGUGGCAAAUCGACAUUUCUUGGUACAUUGUUCGGUUUCUUGAGAUUAUCGGCUUAGCAUAUGAUGUUAAACUGCCAACGGAAUCUCAACGCCGUCGUAUGGCUAUAAAGGCCACAUAAACAGGGAUCUAGUCUAUGUAACUAGAAUAACUUAUAAUCUUAAAAGAGUUUUUCUCUCGCUUUUUUUUUUUUUACUUUUGAAAUUUCGGUUAACGCAAUGAACGUUUCCGAUGUGUUGGAGUAAGUUAUUUAAGAUAUAAAAUCUUUGUUGACCAAAAACAAAAAGAUAUAAAAUCUUUAGUGGGGAGUUAAUACGUUAAUUAUUUGCACCAAAUUAAACGAAUACAACGUUGUAAAAGAAGAAAAUCAGAUACAUAGACUUUUCC